AUGCAGCGGGACACAACGCUGAUGCCAAACAAUCCAUUCACGGAGGAAAGCAACGAGGUCGCUGUUUCGGAAAAAAACCGAGACAACACUCAAACAAUCGCAGAGAUCAUCAAGAAAGACGAUGCCGUGAUGGCGAAGGAACUCGCGGUGCUUUCACGACGGCCUCAAACAAAACCGGAGACAAAGAACACCAUCUCUAUUCGUGGAGGUGCCGCCAUAUGCCCGGUGGUGCGUCGCAGUGGGCGUGGCCUUCGUACGGUGGAAAUCAGGGAGGUGCAUAGCACGGAUAUGUUUAUUGCCAAGAAGCGGGAUGUGGGUCUCAUGCGGCUUGCGCUUGCAAAUAAGGAGGCGGAGAUACGCCACUUGGAGGAGGAAAUGGAUCGUGCAGAGAAGCGACUUCGUCAGCAGCAGGAGCAGCUUGCCAGUACGGAGGAGAAAUUUAACAAUUUCCUCAAGCAUAGCAACUUAGAACAGGAUGCUGCUGUAAGGCGGGCUGAGGUUGAGAGCAAAGCUAAACUGGAGCGUCUCAUCGACAUCAAGAAGCUCUCAGCACAGAUCAGUCACAUGGAACAAGACAUGCGCAAGACGGAUGCACAGUUGGAGCUAUGUAUGGAGUACAAGCAGUUUAUGGAUAGCCUCACCGAACCCCAGUGGUUCUACGAUGUUCUCUGUGGCCUUCGUAUCAAGGAUAUUAGUGAGGUGAUUCUACGUGAGACAGAGGAAGCGUACACGCGCCGGGCAGAGGAAUUAGCAGAGGCGGUGGGAAAAGCCGCAGCUCGACGCGAAUCUCGUCAGCGAAGGAUUACCACCGCACUGGAAAGAGGGGCUGCAUUUCUGGGGCGGCUCGACUUUGGUGAAAAGGAUGAUGGGAACUUGGAGGAAGUCGAAGAGGAGGAGGAGGUUUCCCUUGAAGUACAGCUUGAAAAGCUGCAUCAGGACCUUGAGGCUGAGGCACAGCGGCGGCAGGAGGAGGCAACCGCAAGCAUUAAGCGGGAGGUGGGGGCACUUUCUGUUGAGGAAGUUCGUGCCAUUCUCGACAAAAAUUACUCCCAGGAGCGCAUCCCAAUGUACUUCUCGGAGCCAGACCAGAUACUUGACAUUUUUAUCAAUGUUGAGGAGGGGAACUUGUUUCUUAUUCAAAACAGCCAGGAACUCGAAGAGGAGCUGGAACGUGUCGCCAUGGAAUAUUUUCAUGAGCAGGAAGAAAUGUCCACCAUGGUACGACAGCGACAUGCACAGAUGGAGUCGUUGGCGACACGAAUGAAGGGGGCACAGCAACGUUUGAGACAACUAGAGGAGCGUUUGUUGGACCUAGACAGCAUUGAAGGUGGCGCUGAUACGGCGGGUGAUGUUGCACGCAACAGGAAUUGUAUCAGUGGCCUCAGGAGGGACAAAGCUGGAAGCGUGAUGCGGCAGGAGGUGCUGAAAAAGCUUAUCGAACGUGUUGUGGCGGAUAUAUUUCUCUGCAUCAGCCAGCAGCAGUCUACCGCUGCGCGUCGCCCCGAGGAUGGUGAGGGAGCCGAGAAUGCAAUGCAGGGUGCUGGCAGGUCAAAACCGAUCCCUGCGCAGAAGCACGCCUCCCACUGCGUGGCCAAACCAAAAGCGAAGGGCAGAAAGAAGGAACGGCGUGGUUCUGGCGCUGCAGUUGGUGGUGGCGUGGAUGGACACAAUGACACUGAUGCUGGUGCCAACAUGUGGCCGGUGGAGAUGCUUACCAUUAUUGAGAACAAGAUAGACGAGUACAUCCGCUAUAUUAACGACCCUGAAAACGGUGUGGAGCAGUCACUUAUUAUGAGUGUCAUUAAGAUGCGUGACAAGGAGCGCCGUCACAAAGCCCGUGUUGUACAAUUAGAACGACAGUCGAUAGAAAGAGAGGAACGCAACAGACGUGCCCUUGAACGCUCGAAGGCACCCGUUGUGAAGCGGCGUGGGAAACCGAUUAUGUGGCGUUCUCGUCCACCUGUUGAGACGAUGCAGGGCACGGAAGUAAAACAAGGCCCUGUAGCGACGAAGGAGGCUGACCAGGACGAUGAAUUCUUCCGGUGA